UCUUAUAUCCAUCUAUUUUCUAUUGGGCUUGUCCUCGUUAGAGUCACAAUGAAUGUCCACCACAGUUGAUUGUAGUUGGGACUUAAAGUUGUUUCCAUUACAAUAAUUGUAACUUGUGCGUACGUAUUUACGCACGCCCCGCUCCCCACCCUAUCUACAAACCGCUCUUGUGUAAAGGGUUAUAUAAGAGCUGAGCUCUCUUGCCGCUUUGUGUUCGGGAUUUUGUUUUGCUGUUCUUCAUACAGGCGCCCAACAUAUUGUCAAUAACUGUGUGUGAGUCAGUCUGCCAUGCGUGUUUUUGGAAAAUGGGAGGAAACCAGAGUACCCGGAGAAAACCCACGCAGUUCUGGGGAGAACAUGCAAACCCCACACAACCCGGAGCUGGACCUGAACCGGUACCUCUGCACCGUGAGCUGUAUAGUAAUAAUGUUUUCUAUGAUUGCCAUGACAUAGAAGUAAGACAAACCACAUGUAUACUACAUACAUUACACAUCCAAUUAUAAAAAAAUGGUCGUAUUCAUUUGGAAAAAAGACCCCAAAGAUGUUUUAUAAAAUUCAUAGAAACUGUUGCCCAGUAGAGGUAAAACGGACACGCGCACGCAUCAGGCGCGCGCACUUGUCGGGCACGGCGGCCCCUGUGAAAUGGACCUGGUCACCCCGCAGCGCGUGGAGGCGGGGCGUCGCUCUCACUGACUGGGGGAGGGGCGCGAGGGGGGGAGACCGGGAGGAGGCGGAGCCUACACAGUCCUGGCAGGGCCGCCAUUUUUGCAAGGGGAAAAGACACUGCUUUUGAGGGGGAUCUAAUUUCUAAAAGUCGCUCUUUGCCCAGCGAAUAGUUUGUUUUUAACGCCCCCCUCUCAAUUCCUGCGACGAACCGGGCCUCCCACUCCUUGUGCGGCACCAAAGGCAGCGCGGAAUUUUGGACAGGAGAGGACUAUCUCGAGGACGAGGCGAGAAUCUAAACGUUUUAGAGCUUUUUUUUGCUAGUGAUCCGCAGUGUGUGUACACAAGUAUUGUUUUGGUCGCGGAGGGUGAGUGGACAGCGGCGAGGGUCUUGCCCUGCUGCCUAAUUUGUUGCCUGGACCCCUUCCAACGUGGAUACAACACGGCCUUGUGGAUGCACUUAGAUGUCUGCAAUGACUGCUGUGGCCGGCAUGCCCCAGUGUUUUGGACUGCCAUUCUCUGGACUCAGUAGGACAAGAACUGAUCAGCAGAGAACGUCAUGAGCAUAGUCAUCCCCGCGGGGGUGGACACAGCAGCAGACGCCUCGUACCUGGACAUGGCGGCGGGCUCGGAACCCGAGUCGGUGGAGGCCAGCCCCGUGGUGGUAGAAAAGUCCAGCUACCCGCACCAGAUCUACAGCAGCAGCUCUCACCAUUCCCACAGUUACAUCGGCCUGCCUUAUGCCGACCAUAACUAUGGGGCGCGGCCCCCGCCCACGCCGCCGGCCUCGCCUCCCCCCUCCAUGUUGAUCCGCCAGGGCGAUGGGGGGUUGUUUGUUCCGGGCGGCCAGGAUGAAGCGUCCACGGGCACCACGCUCAGCACCUCCGAGGAUGGCAGCUACGGGGCCGACAUCACCCGCUGCAUCUGCGGCUUCACGCACGACGACGGCUACAUGAUCUGCUGCGACAAGUGCAGCGCCUGGCAGCACAUCGACUGCAUGGGCAUCGACAGGCAGAACAUUCCCGAGACGUACCUUUGCGAGCGGUGCCAGCCGAGGCACCUGGACCGGGAGAGGGCCAUCCUUCUGCAGACGAGGAAGCGGGAAUGUUUGUCAGUAGACGGGGACACCAGCGCGACGGAGAGCGGGGAUGAGGUGCCUCUGGAGCUCUACUCCACUUUCCAGCACACGCCCACCACCAUCACCCUCACCACGGGGCGCCUGGGCAACAAGCAGGUGGACAAGAAGCGCAAGAAGAGCGGCGAAAAGGAACCCCCGGCAUCUUCGGCGCGAGCCAAGAAGGCCUUCCGAGAGGGCUCCAGAAAGUCCUCCAGAGUGAAGGGCGCCGCCCCGGAGCAGGAGCCGACGGAGCACCCGGCUCUGUGGGAGAACAAGAUCAAGACGUGGAUGGAGCGCUACGAGGAGGCCAGCAGCAAUCAGUACAGCGAGGACGUGCAGGUACUGCUGCGCGUCAAGGAGCAAGGCGACGGCAAGAGCCUGGCUUACAACACGCACCCGGCCUCCUUCAAGCCCCCGGUGGAGAGUCAAGUUCAAAAGAACAAGAAAAUCCUCAAGGCCGUCAGAGACUUGGCCCCCGAUUCCCUCAUCAUCGAGUACAGGGGCAAGUUUAUGCUUCGGCAGCAGUUUGAAGCCAACGGAUACUUCUUCAAGAGACCAUACCCCUUUGUGUUAUUUUACUCCAAAUUUGACGGUCUGGAGAUGUGCGUGGACGCGCGCAGCUUCGGCAACGAGGCGCGCUUCAUCCGCCGCUCCUGCACCCCCAACGCCGAGGUGCGGCACGUCAUCGAGGACGCCAUGUUACACUUGUACAUCUACUCGCUAAGGCCCAUCGCCAAAGGCACGGAGAUCACCAUCGGUUUUGAUUACGACUUCGGCAGCUGUAAAUACAAGGUGGACUGCGCCUGCGUGAAGGGCAACCCGGAGUGCCCCGUUCUCAAGCAUAAUCUGGAGCCCACCGAGAACCUGGGCUCCGGCGCGCGGCGGCGGAACAGCCGCAAGGACAAGGACCCGGGCCGGGAAGACCUGAGCCAGAACCAAAACAUUGGCGUGGAUUGCGAGGGCAAGGGCAAGAGCGUGGGCGACUGCAAGCAGAGGAAACUGUCGCCCCUGCGACUCUCCAUCUCAAACAAUCAGGAUCCCGACUUAUUUGAGGAUCUAGAAGACAAAACGUCCGUUAGCAAUGAAGUAGAGAUGGAGUCAGAGGAACAGAUUGCAGAGAGAAGGAAGAAGAUGACGCGAGAGGAGCGCAAGAUGGAGGCCAUCCUGCAGGCUUUCGCACGGAUGGAGAAGCGGGAGAAGCGGCGCGAGCAAGCGCUGGAACGCAUCGGCAGCGUCAAGCCCGAGCUGGGGGGUCGCAGCGACAUCAAGGAGGAGCCGCCGGCCACUCCGGAGACGGCCGACUCCCCUUCUGUCGUACAGCCGCCUCUUCUCGAGGUAAAAGAGGAGCCGGGGUUGAAGCCGGCUAAGGUGAAAGGCUCGCGGAACAGGAAAAGCUUUUCCAGGAACCGCACGCACAUCGGCCAGCAGCGGCGGCGAGCUCGCACCAUCAGCACCUGCUCCGACUUGGCCCCGGGCUCUCCGGCGGAGCCCGUCGAGCCUCUGAGCGGCGAACCCCUGGAGGGGGAGGCGCCUAUCGCGCCGGAGCCCGAGGCCGUCGCCGCCCAGCCGCCGGACGCCAGCCCCCCGCAGAGCGACUCUCCGGCCCCCGACCGAAACCGCAGCGGGAGCAAGAGCUUCAAAACGAAAAAGCACUUUGUCAGCGAAUGGGUGGGCGAGAAACAGCCGGACGCGUUGGCGGCGCGCGCCCCGGAGCCGGCGCCGGAGCGACCGCUGCGGAUCAGCAGCGACCCCGAAGUCCUGGCCACCCAGCUCAACGCCCUUCCGGGCCUGGCCUGCUCGCCGCAGGUAUACAGCACGCCCAAGCACUACGUGCGCUUCUCCUCGCCUUUCCUUGCCAACCGCAGCCCCACCGCCCCCGGCAUUCCCACCGGGAGACGGCGCUCCAGAGAACUGCCCGAAACGCCCCCGACCAGCGGGUCCUGCAAGAAGCGAUGGUUAAAGCAGGCGCUCGAGGAGGAGGGCUCCACCAGUCCGGCCAGAAGAUCCAGUCUCUUUAUGCCCAGCGAGGGUCCUCUCAGUCCCUCCGUCAACGGAGACUCGGACAGCCCCCUUCCCUACAACGGCUCCUGCUCGCUGCCCGAGUUGCCCACGCCUUUGAAGAAGCGGCGCUUGAGCCCUCUCGACGCCUGCAUGUCGGAGAGCUCCACGCCCUACGCCUCCCCUUGCGCCACGCCCACCCGGGCCGACCCGACGGAAACGUUGGCGCCGCCCGCGUCCACGCCGCCGCGGCCCCGAAGCGAGGAGUCCGGAGCGGAGCGUGUCGCCGGCACGCCAACGCAAACACUUACUCCGCCGCGGGAGAGCGAAUGUUCGACGGAAAGCUCGCCCGACGUCGGCACGAAAGCAAAUUUAUUGGAGGUGGGCAACCCGCCGGAGCGUCCCCCUUCGUUGAUCCCGUCUCCCUCCGUUCGGACGCCGUGCUCCGACGCUCUCCCGCCAGACGCCAAGACCUCAGUACUCGAGAGUCCGCUGCCGCCCGCCGUUAUCGAGUGCGCGGACUCGGCGGAGGACCGGCCGGACGUUGCGACGGCGGAGGGCGGCAGCGGGGGCGGUGAGGCUUCCUCCUCUGGCGAAACGUGUGCUUCCUCCUCCUUCCCGGGCUGGAUCAAGAGCCCGGAAAGGUGCCCGACGACAGCGGCCGGCCUCAGCUUCUCUCCCGUCAACUCCAACCUAAGGGACCUCACCCCGUCGCACACCUUGGAGCCCCUGCAGGCUCCUUUCAGACCCGAAGCCGCAACGGGACCCGCGGCGGCGGCACCAAGCGCCCAGGCGGUUUUUGCUGACGGCCAGGGGCCCCUCUUUUACCCCUGCGCCGAAGACCCAAACUCGGCCGGCUUCUCCCGCUCUCUCGUUAGCGACGAGGGAGGCGGGUCAGCGCAAAAUCCGCCGCAGAAGAAGAAGGUCUCCCUGCUGGAAUACAGGAAGCGGCAGCGCGAAGCUCGCCGCAGCGGCUCCAAGACCGACUGCGGCUCCCCGGUGUCCGGCGCGCCCUCUUUGAGCGUGGACGCUUUUCCCGUUGUCGCCAUGGAGACCGAGGGCUCCUUACCUCCGCCCCCUCCUCCUCCUCCUCCGCCUCCCCCCCCUCCUUCUGCGGCUCUUGGCGGCGGCAAGGAGCCGCAGACCGCGGAGGAGACGGAGAGCUCGGGCGAGAGGGAAGGAGCAGAGGGACAAUGGACGUCGUCCACGUCCGUCGAGCAGGCGCGGGAGCGCAGCUACCACAGAGCUCUGCUGCUCAGUAAAGACAAAGACACAGAUGGUGAAGCAGACGGAGGCGAUACACCCACACCGAGGGACUCUCCAUCUCCUGGACUUCAGAAGACCCCGACUCACGCACCGGGCUCUCCUGGCCCACUGGGUUCUGUAGUACCCUGCAGCUGGAAAGAGGAAGAAGGAGGAGUGAGCCAGACCCUGCAGCUGCCCAAGUCCAAACCGCCGGCCGUCACCCCGACCAAGCUGCACCCGCCGCCGCCGCCGCCCUCCUCGCCCGUGCACUACCCGGGGCCGCCCCUCCUCCACGCGCAGCCUCAGGGCUCGCCCUACCGCAGCCAGAGAGCGCUCUUCUCCUCCCAGUCGCAGAACCAAACCGCAGGCCAGGUCGCCACGCCGUCGUUCGUCCAGUACAAUGCGCAGGCCGCCCCCCCUCCGCCGCCGCCGCCUCCCCCACCGGUGCCGCCCGCCUCCGCGGCCUACUUCCCCGCUCAGACUGGCUCCCCGGUGGGCCCCUUCCCCGGAUUCAAAGCGGCCGUGACGCCCUCCUACCCUGCGGGCUCUCAGGCCCUGAUGCAGACUCUUCCCCACAACGUGCACUACCAGACCUCGGCCGCCCCGCCUCCACCCCCGCCGCCGCCGCCGCCCCCCCACCCCAUGUCCAGCCCCGCCCUGCUGCACGUCAACCUGCAGCCCGCUCCCAUCCAGCAGAUCAUGCUGACGGCCGCCCCCUCGCUGACGCAAGGCCAGCCCUCGGCUCAGCAACAGCCGCCCUUGUCCCUCACCCCGCCUCCGCCGCCGCCCCCGCCGCCGCCCAACCCCUCCGGCGGCGCCCAGAUGCCGCCCCACCAUUUCCCGAACUUGACGGGCUUUCAAACGACGUUGCUCGCCAACCCCUCGGUGCCCGCGUCCGCGUACGCCCCGUCCCUUCAGCAGAGCGGACUGCCCCCUCCCCCGCCGCCGCCCCCGCAACAGACUCAACCGGGCUCGGCUCCGGCCGCCGCCGCUCAACUGCCGGCUCGCGCGGGCCCCGCCUCCUCGACGGCCUUCCACACUUCGGGUUACCUGAGCACAGGGUGGCACUGAACUCUGCCUAAACAGGAUUGGGGGGGGGUGAGGGGGGGGACGAGGGUCGGGUUGUAAAGCUGUGGAAAUUUGCAUUCAAUUUCCAUGGGAAAAUUUGGAAAUAUUCCAGGCGAAGAGUUGAACGAGUGUGCCGCGACACCAUCAGCGACUUCAGUACCUUGUUUGCACACACACACAAAAAAAAAAUUGAAUUUUGGCUCCCAACACCGACAAUUCCCGUUCAUAACUGACGGAAAUGAAAUCGCUCGCCGCUUUUCUCGCAUUGCUGGUUUAUUCCCAUGGAAAUCUUUCCACUUUGAAAACUCCCGUCAUUUUGCAAGCCCAGACACGCGGGGCAACUGUAGAUAUAUUUUCUAUGGCCAGUGGAAAAACAGCUGAUUGUUGGAUAAAAGGGUAUUUAAAUAAGAAAAACAAACAAACAGACUGACAUCAUCUUCUCGACAAACUGUCAAAGAUGGACGACCCGUCGUGGUGCUCUUGGCGCUCUGCUCCUUUUCUACUUCCUUCCUGUGACGAGUUGGGGAGGACUUCACCGUCUCAUUCGGGGUCCUGUUCUGUUGUUCAGCCACACUUUGUUUUGCUGUGGACAUUCCACCCCCCCCCCCCCUCUCUCUUCCCUUCCUUUCCUUUCUCCUCCUUUUGUCUGUCUGUUGUCACUGUUCCUUUUCUCUUGAUCUAGCGGCGCGUUAUCGCAUUUGUUCUGUUGAGGAAAAAGUGACUUUUUUUUUUUCAAGUUGCUUCCAUCUGACAUCAGAAGUCCGUUGAGCGCCGCAGAAAAAAGAUUGGCGGGCGAUGGCCUCACCACCUUGAAAGUGCCGCACUUUGGUUCGCGCGUUUGAUGCGAGAUGUGCGCCUCCCGCGCAUCUAGGAUGCUAGAGGUUUAUUUUUUUCCCCCCCAAAAAAGGAGCGUUAUUUGUAGAAAGUGUAAUUUAAAUGUAUGAUAGGUGGUCACUGCAGCUUUCACCAGGAACACGUUUGUAAAUAUCUGCUUUUUUUUUGUUUUUCUACGCCUGUACAAUUCGCAGCCAUUGCCUCCCAUUUUUCAAACGUGGAUGUACAUACGAAAGCUCUUCUUGGCAAAGCUGAAUGUUUCCGUGACUGUAACAUUAUUUUUUAUUUCCACGCUCUCUGGACUCUUCGACUUUGUCCUAUUUUUUAUUGUUAUUGUUAUUAUUAUUAUUAUUCGUGAGUGUGUUUGUGCCGAGGGGAGGAGCUCACAGACACUGCACUGGUGGCUAUUUUCAUGGUUCAUUAUAAUAAAUCACUGUAAUGACAGUUUUAUAAACAGCUUUGCAAACUUUCGUUUUCUUUAAAACACCGAUGAACACGUUUAUUUUCAUAUUCCCCCCAUCUUUAUUCAACAGGACACUCUUGGACAAGGCAACAUCAGGUCAGCAUCUGAACAGGAAGUGAACUCACAGUAACAAGUCUCGCUUGGUAAAUGCACUCCAGUGUGCCGCAGACGUUAUUGCCUCUUCAGAAAAAAUGAAUAUGCAUUUUAAAAUCCUGUAAAUCCAUGCAAACAGUAGUUAAAAUCAGUAAAAACAAGCAUUAUUCACAAGUUUUUACAAUCGGUCUCGGCGCUUGCAUCUUUAAUUCUGGACACCAGAGGGCGGUGUUACCUCUUUGGUGUCUUGAGAUACAAGCCGGGUUUUUUUUCUUCGUUUUUGCUUUUACUUGCUGCCAGCAAAUAUUUAAGAUUCGAACGUCGUUUUGUGGCAUCGAGUAACCACAUCACUUAAAAGUCCGCUAGCUGACUGAACCACCGUAUUUGGUCAUAUGCACUUAUCGAUGCAUAUUCUGUGGACAUAUUUUGCAAGUAACACGAACACAAAUUAUCAUGCGUAAACUGUAGAGGUAGAUGAAUUAUGUCUGUUGAUGGGGGUUUUUUUCCCC